AUGGAAGUCAUUGGCGGUGUUUCUGCUAUUCUGGAGAUAGCGGCCGCAGGUGUUCAAUGCUCCAUCAAGCUCGCCGCACUCGCAAAACAGAUCAGGUCGGCUUCGGAGCAGAUCAGCAACAUCGCUGACGAUGUCUCACUCAACGCGAGCAUACUUCAACAGCUAGGCCAGUUGAUGGAUGAGAGCUACUCCCAGAAUGAGAAACCCAAGUCUGCUUCAAAAGAUCGAGCGCCAGGGCUGUUCAGCGCUGAAGGGCUGAAAACGACCGAGAGCUUGGCAGCCCGAUGCAACAAGAUCUUCAACUCCUUAGAAGAACUGCUGCGGAAAUCUAGCAAGCAGUUCAAGCUGGGUUCCAGUGCUGAUGGGAUGAAACUGAGCCGCUCGGAGAUGCUGAAGUGGCCGUUCGUGAAGCCUGAACUCGACGGCAUGCGGGACGAAUUGAGGCACGUCAAGGAUUCUUUGAUGCUGAUGUUGCAGGUGGCUCUGCUAGCGUACUCGCGGAGUACUGCCAACAGCGGUCAUCGAGCGAGGAACAUCGCACCAUACGCCGAGGAAGACCAGAUCAUACUGGUCAGGGCCAUCUACCAAGCGCAGGAGGAGCUGAAAGGGGAUAAGGCCGACGUCAAUGACAAGCCCGGGGGCGAAUUGCCAGAGCGCCCAGCAAAGGUUUCAACACAAUCGAACAAUGUUGCUCCGUGGAAGGAGCCAGCAGUCUCGAGCACAGAUGUGAAGGGUCCAGGUCUUUUUCAAACGCAAGGCAAUCCGUCAGCUCCCGCGCAACCAGAUCGGAAGAAGCACUCUAUCUUCGCUCCAAUACAAACCAGCUUUCAACCUGACGAACUUCUCCCAUCGCCGCCACCCCUUCCACCUCCGCCUAUCUAUCGUUUAACACCCACAUAUGAUAUCCAAAUGCUGACUCCCCAGCCGACAAUAAUCAACACCACCCUCGCCGUGCAGUACAUCUUGCGCUGCGUUAGUCUUGCACAAGAUGUGGUCCAGCCCCAGAUCGAACAACAGAAAUCCGCCUCCAAGCAGACUGUGCUCGAUCGACUCGCCUCUCUUACAGGCGAGGAACAACAGGCUCUGGAAUUGAUACCUUUCAGUCCGGUGGAUGAACAAUCUGAGCCUUGGAGCCGUUCGGGACCCGCGAAGCUCGAGGAUUACCAAACAGAAGAAACUAUGGCAAUAAUUGACGCUCCUGCUAAAUCUCCCGAGACGGUCACAGUGCACGACGACUUUGACCAAGAUGCCUUCCAAGAGACAUUUGAUAGUCUUGAAUCUUAUUCUGAGAUGGAAGGGGUAGUGGAUGAUCUAUUGGCCAAGUAUACUACUUAUCAGGGUUGA